AAUGAGCGAUGUUGCCUAUGUGCCUCUUGUUUUGAAAAGUCAACAUUUAUUAAUUAAGAUUCAGUGUCUUACAUGAAAGAAAAGAGAAGAGUUCUUUUCCACAAAUAAGGAAAAAGGGAGACAAUGAUUGAUUGUUUGAAUAUACAUGUACCAUAUUUAGAGGUGUAACGAUACAGCGAUACAUCGAUCGUAUUGAUCGUGGGGACUCACGAUACGCGUAUCGUAUCGCGAGGUGUGUAUCGCGAUACGACACGAAUAAAUCAUACUUCACUUAUUUUAAUAACCUUAUUAUUCUACGUACGACUUAAUGAAUUUAAACGUACCCAACAAAAUGGCGGGACUCGAUGUCCCUGCUUUGGACGAAUCUAAAGUGGAUAUCGUAAACCCUCCCGCAAUAUUUAAAUCAGCGGUAUGCAAAUCAUUUGGGUUUCUUAAAUCUGACAGCAAGAAGGUCGUAUGUCGCGAGUGUUAUAUUAUAUUGCCGUACAGCGGUAAUACGACAAAUAUGUUCACUCAUUUACGAAGGCACCAUGGUGUGAAUCCACAGGACAUAAACAACAACAAUGGAAAGCAAAAAUCAUCGGAGCCAGUCCCAAACCGAAACAUAUUACAGAAAAGUACGGACAAUCAAACCAGAUUAGAGCACUUCAAAGUUGUCAAGCUUUCUGGAGAGAAAAAAGAGUUAAUAAACUUAGCCAUAAUGAACUUUAUAGUUCAAGACAUGCGACCCUUUAGAAUCGUCGAAAGUCCAAGUUUUGUUUCGCUUGUGAAACUGUUAGAGCCGAAAUAUAAGUUGCCUUCCAGACAAUAUUUUUCAGAGACACUACUUCCGAGUAUGUAUUCUGCUGGGAAGGAAAAGGUUGCUGCAAAGCUUGGUGAUGCCCAGUUUGUUGCACUGACAACCGACGGCUGGACAUCAAGAGCAACCCAGUCUUAUGUUACUAUUACAACCCAGUUCAUUGAUUCUGAUUGGAAUAUGCAAAGCUUUGUCCUACAGACACGUAUCAUGGAGGAAAACCAUACUGGAGUAAACAUUGCCCAGGUUUUGUUGAAUGCUGUUGCUGAGUGGAAUUUAACUUCCAAAGCCCCUGCUCUAGUUUCCGACAAUGCUGCCAACAUGGUGGUAGCAGCCAAGGAAAGCAAGCUUUCCCCAUUUGUAAGAUGCUUUGCACAUACACUCAAUUUAGCUGCCCAAAGAGGUUUGAAAGUGAAGCAAGUUUCAGUGUUGUUAGCUAAAAUCCGAAGAAUUGUGGUUUUUUUCCACAAAUCAUCAGUAGCAGCAACUACCCUGGUGAGAAAUCAAAAGUUGCUAUCACUUCCCAAUCAUAAAUUGAAAAUUGAUGUUUGUACACGAUGGAACUCGGCCUAUGACAUGAUAGAGCGUUUCCUUGAACAACAACCAGCUAUAUUUGCAGCUUUUCAGUCCCUAAAGGAUUUAAGAAAAAGAGAGAAUGACCUUGCUUUAUUAUCAGACAGUGAUAUUACAAAUGCAGAGGAUGUCAUGAAAACUAUGGCUCCCUUAAAGUCAGCAAUACAGAUGAUGUGCACAGAACAAGGUCCAACUCUGUCAGUUAUUCUUCCUCUUCUAUCUAAACUUCUUCAAAACUUCAAACCUGAUGAUGGGGAUUCAACACUUACCCGGAAUCUAAAAACAACAAUGAGGGAAGACCUUGAAAAGAGGUACACAGAGGACAGAGAAGUUCUCCAGAUUGCAACAGUAAUAGAUCCACGAUUUAAAGAUUUGCCCUUUUUGGAUGAAAAUGAAAAAAACCAGAUCAUGCUCCGACUUACCACAUUAGCCAUUAGUAAAGCCCCCCUAGAUGGAAGCUUUCAGACACAGAUGAUUAAACAGGAGCCUGAAUCCUUGACAGUUGAGCCACAGCCAGGAAGAGCUGAUCCAAUGCCAAUGCAACAUACAUUACCAAGUCUUGUCCCACCUCUUCCAGCACUACCUGAUACACAUACAUCUACUGCAGCAGCUGCUGAUAGUGAUAUAACAGCAGAAAAAUCACCACCUAAAAAGAAGUCAGCUCUGGAUGAUUUGCUGGGGGAUGUUUUUAUUCAAAAAGUUGAAGUUUUACCUAAGAAAUCACCCUUAGAAAAAGUAAAUCUCGAAAUUAUUCAAUAUCAGAAGGAGAAACCAUUAAGUUUGACCGGCAAUCCCCUUAAUUGGUGGAAAGAACACGAGAUCUUUUAUCCAUUUCUAUCCCAUCUGGCCAAACUGUACUUAGGAAUUCCGGCGACAUCUGUUCCGUCUGAGAGGGUGUUCUCAAGUGCGGGUGACAUAAUAUCUGCACAGAGAGCCACUUUAAAACCGGAAUAUGUAGACAUGAUGAUUUUCUUGAAGAAAAAUCUGUAAUUGUUCUAUAACUUGUUCUAGUGAUUAGUGAAUCUAGUCAUUAUGAUUUAGUUCUUGACAUGAGGUAAACUAUGCCUCAUUGACUAUUAGUAUUUUUGUAACCUGUUCUAGUCAGUAGUCAAUAGUCAUUAAUAUUACAGUAUUAACAGUAACAUUUUUACAGUUUAUUUUUGUCUUAAUAAACUUGUUUGAACAGUCAUUGAGUUUUAUUUAACAUAUAAAAGAGAGAAACAAUAAGGAAACAGAACAAUUAUAUGUAAUGCAUGUUUGUAAAGCUCAUUUUAUUUGUUAACAACUGUAUCGCGAUACAUACUGUAUUGCACUAGUGUAUCGUGAUACGUAUCGUAUCGCGAGGUAGCUGGCGAUACUCAGGCCUAACCAUAUUUGAAUACGCAUGUGCUUUUUUCAUCUAUAUCCCCUGUUGAAAAAUUGGACCCCAUAUUGGAACUGAUGCAAUUGAAACUUAAAUCUAGAAUAAAAUGGAAUCUCAAAAAAAUCUGUAACAGACCUAUUGAAUAACCAAUUCCACUUAUUUUGCUCUCCUUUAUUCUUAUCUGAAUUUAGUUAUUGAGAAAACUAAGAGAGGAUUAGGCAUUUAGAUUUUUAGUUACCCCAUUCAAUAUCUCACCAUUUACGGGUUUCAUGAGUUUUCUGGAACAACUUGUAUUUAAUAAUUUUAGUUCAAUUUAAAGGUCACUUGCAUAAACAAAUCAAUAAAAGUCGAGUUCCAAGAAACAAAGGAUUCAAAAUUAGUCCUCAAUGAUGGUUUAAUGGUUGUCUUUAUGUCACCAUUAAGCACCUUUAAGUUACAUUAACACCACCAUUAAGUUACCAUUAAACCAUUAAGCCAUCUCAAAGUCCUUAAUGGGUGCUUAAAUGUAGCUUAAUGGUAACUUAAUGGUAGCUUAAUGGUGGCUUACAGGUCCUUAAUGGUAGCUUUUCGACUUUUAAGUCACCAUUAAGCCAAA